AUGUCAACCACUACCAACACCUCAAACCAAUCCCACGCCAUCGAUCCCGCCACAACCUCCAACCUCCCACCAAAAGUCCAAGCAACCCUGCCCGAAAGUGUCGAAGAUGCCCUCCCCAACAACAUCCACGAUACCGGCAACCCAGACAAAUACUCCCACGACAAAGGCCACAGUAUAGUCCCCGAGCGAGUGGCCCAGAGCUUACAGACGAAGGUGGAGGAGGUGGUGCCGGAUGCGAUCCAUGAUACGAGUGGGAAGAAGAGUGGACAGGCUGCGCGGGAGCAGGCUGGGAGGGUAGGGGAGGAUGGGAGAGUGCAUUUGGGGACGUGA